AUGAAGAGAUCAUCCAAAUUUCAGCUAUGCGCAGCAGCUCCAGGGACGAUUUUUAAUGGCCCUAGUGGUUUCCAACAACAACCACAACCAGCGCAGAACUCAGAAUCAUCAAAUAUGCUUGCUAUGAUGAAGAAUCUAACCAUGAUGGUGCAAAAAUAUCAGCAAACGACUGAUGGUGCAAUCAAGGAAUUGCAGACACAAAUGAGCACCAUGGCAGGUAGAUUGAACCUUUUGGAGACACAGAAUAGUGGGAAACUCCCUUCUCAACCUAUUAAUCCUAGAGAAACUGUUAAUGCUGUGACAUUGAGAAGUGGUACACGAACUGUGCAACCAGAAGAUGCUGAGAAAAGUAAAGACCCCAAGGGGCCGGUUUUGGAGAACGAGAUUACUGACUCUUCCCAAACUGAUGAGGUACCUAAAACAAACUCUAAACCUCUUGUUUCAACUUAUGUUCCUCCUUUACCAUUUCCUGGCAGGUUUACUAACGAAAAAGUGGAACAGGACAAAGAGGUUUUAGAUGUACUCAAGAAGAUUCAUAUUAAUAUUCCGUUGAUAAAUGCAAUUAGGCAAGUUCCUAAAUAUGCAAGAGUUUUGAAAGACUUAUGCACCAAGAAGAAACGGUUAACCGGUAAUGAGGUGAUGAGUGUGGGGGAAAACGUUUCUGCUAUCCUCCAAAAGAAACUCCCACCUAAAUGCAAGGAUCCUGGUAGUUUCGAUAUACCUGUUAUGAUUGGUAAUAAAAGGUUUGGAAAAUCUAUGUUUCAUUUAGGAGCAUCGGUUAAUGUAAUGCAUGCAUCUAUUUAUGAAUCUUUGAAUUUGGGUCAUUUGAAAGAAACCUGUAUUGUUCUUGAACUAGAUGAUCGUACUAAUAUCUACCCUAGGGGUAUUAUUGAAGAUGUGCUUGUGCAGGUGAAUCAACUAGUAUUUCCAGCUGAUUUCUGUGUGUUGGAAAUGAAUAGCAGUUCUGAUGCAUCUAUACCACUGCUAUUAGGGAGGCCUUUCAUGAAAACGACUAAGAACGUUAUUGAUGUUGACGAAGGAACGCUCACUACGGAAUUUGAUAAUGAAAAGAUUCUCUUCAAUAUUUUGGAGAAAUGCGGUAUCCUAGCGAUGUUCAUUCGGAUGCUCAUGCUAAUGUCGUAG